ACGCCAUUCCACUACAUUGACACACACGCGCGUUGGGCGGGAGUGGAUUAGACAGUGUGUAAGCUGCCUCGCGGCGGUUAUUACCAUUUUCAGCUUCAGCAGAACCGAGCCUUUCCACGCGAAACACGAUUGAAGGGUAGGGAGGACACAUUUUUGCAAACAAAUUCUGCUGUCGUCAAACGUUCUGUGAAAAGGCAAACCCGGCAAAACAUUCACCGUGCGUCGGGGAAGGAAACAAACGGUGAGAGUGAGUAACAGCAAACGAUCCUUGAUGCACGCUGUGUGUGCUAGGACGAUGAUGGCCAUACAAACGCACACACACACACGCACACGCACGAAUGAACGAACAAAUCGAGUAUCCUUGCGCUCUAGGGAAAUCAACAGCGCUCAACGGACGAGCGGCCACUGGCAGUUAGUCCGUCGUUUAGUGAGUCGCCUUCGCGCCAACCGGUGGGUGGUCGGCCUGUUUGGUCUGCCCCGAGGACGGCAAACGGUAUAAAUGCUCACCGUUCGUUGCGCCACGGGUUCAGUCCGUGUUUGGCGCGUGUGCACGGCGCGUCGGUGGGGCAUUGGCAUCGCGAUGGCGCGUAACAACGGACAAAAGUGCGCCUCAAACGUGGUCCUGCUGUACUUGUUGCCGAUUUUUACCGUUCUACCGUCCGUUGUCACCCAGUCACGCCUGGAAAAUGCAACGGAUGCGAAAGCGUGGUUUGAGCGCAUGAACGCGGAAUUACACGCACUCAACCGUGAGGCCGCACAGUACGGAUGGGAUUUAAGCACACAGCAUCAAUCCCGUGUGGAGUUCACGCUCGAGAGCUUGGUUCAAUUAGCUCAGCGGAAGUCCGCCUGGCUGCAGGAAGCGUGCGACGAGGGCGCCCUCUACCGCCAGCAGGGAUGGCCGUACGAUCGCGCCUACUACUUGCUGUGCCGUGGACCACGCAAUACCCCCGAGGAGCUAAGCGAAAUGGCGCAGCUGUUUUCGUACAUUCAGCGCAUCUACACCGAGUCGGAAGUGUGCAUUCCAGCAAACUGUGGAAGACGUCCCGAUGGCGCUGCCACCGUUCUGUGGGCCAAUACGUUCGUCCAAUACCCGGGUCUUAGUGUGGGACAUUUGGAUCUAUCCUUCGUCGCUCCAGACUCGUCGUCGCAGGAGCUCAUUUCCGCCAUGGCGCCAACGAAGCUACCCAAGCGAAUGGAAUGCUUCUCCGGUGAGCCCGAUCUGGAGCGUUUGAUGCUGUCGGAUGGAAUGCAUCGUGUGUGUUCGGGUCGACUUCCUCCCGAAACUGUGCUUCGCUGGGCCUGGGAAUCGUGGCGUAUGGCUGUGGGGCCUCCGAUGCGACAACCGUACGGACGGUUGAUCGAGCUCAUGAAUGCUGGAUGUAUGCGCGGUGCAAACCAUCGCGAUGUCGGGGAAUGUUGGCGCGAGGAGCUUGAGAUUCCCGAACUACGGCUUCAGGUCGAUCGUCUCUGGCACGAGGUGAAACCAUUCUACGCGAAGCUACACGCCGUCGUACGCCAUUUUGUGCGCGAAAAGCAUCCGGCCGAGGCGGCCUCCAUCGAUGCUGAUGGUCUCAUUCCGGCCCAUCUGCUCGGGGGUAUGUGGAGUCACAGCUGGACACAGUACGGACGUGACAUUAUCCCCCAUCCGGUCGAUCUUGAUGCAGCGUUCGGCAAAGCGAACUGGACCUCGAUGGAUCUUGUACGGCGGGCGGAAGAUUUGUACGCCUCGCUCGGGCUAGCACGCAUGACGGACGAAUUCUGGAAGCACAGCCUCAUCGGCAAAGGUGUCGAUGGUGGCAAGUGUCACGGAACGGCAGCCAACAUGUACGCCGACGGUGCGUCCGACUACCGCAUGAUCGUGUGUCCACGAUCGGAGGCGGCAGCGCAAGACUUUUACGUCACCGUGCACGAGAUGGGUCACAUCGUGUACUACAUGGAAGCGGCCAAACAGCCGACCAUCUUCAGCGAUGGUACGACGGCCGCCUUUCAGGAGGCGCUCGGUGAUGCCAUCUACUUAGGGGCCAUAACGCCGCAACAUCUCGUCCGUCUCGGUUUGCUCGAUUCCAAACACAUGGCGCCGGAGAAGGAGCCGGCGUUUGGUGGUGCAGAUGCCACGCUAAACUCAUUCGACUAUGCAUUCCUGCUGCGAAUGGCGCUGGGGAAACUGCCAACCAUUCCCUUCGAGUAUCUGAUGGACCAGUACCGGUGGGACAUUUUCGAUGGCAGCGUCGACUACGGCCAGGAUGCGAACAGUUACUUCUGGUUUCUGCUCGAACGACAGCAAGGCAUUCGUCCACCGUCGUCCGUCGCUGCGCGGGUGCCACUGUUCGAUCCGGCCGCUGUUUACCACCUCUCCGACAAUACACCCUUUGUGCGGUACUUUCUGGCCAGCUUUUUAAGCUACCAGCUGUACGAGGGACUCUGCCGCAGUGCCCUUUUCGGUACGGGCACCAAUCCGGCCAACGAAAUUCCGAUGCCACUACACCGCUGUGACCUGUACGGUUCCAAGAAAGCGGGCAAGCUGCUACGGAAGGCGCUAGCCCUCGGGUCCUCCGUACAUUGGACCGACGUGCUGGAGAAGCUAACCGGCGAGGUGGACAUAUCGGCCAACAGUUUGCUCCGGUACUAUCAACCUUUGAGCGAGUUUUUGGACCGAUUCAUUGCCCGCCACCGGCUCGCUGUGGGCUGGGAACACUGAACAAAGGCAACAAACUACAAUCGAACACGCAGCAAAUCAUAUCGCGCACAGGUUGGAACUGGGUUGACAAAUGGGAACCGUUAUUUAUUAUUCUUGUUCUUUUUCCGCCGCUUUUGGUUUAAAUCCUCCCCUGCUUUGUACGUGAGUGCGUAUAAGAAGGUAGCUUACACCUUGUUUUAAGUUGGUUAACAAAAUAGUUGUUCAAUUACGUUUCGUUUUACCUCGAUUUUUAAAUCUUUCUCCUAAACGCUCCUGUGAUUGGUGCGAGCGCGUGCGCGCCCGCUCAAGCAGCUGUGCUGGGGCUUUUUCCAAUGGCUAAUGGUAAAAUUCGCUUUUACUUCCUUUAUUUCCUUCCAGGCAUGUUGGUAUUGAAGCAAUUAGCAAAAUUAAACUGUUUUAACAAGGGCGGGUUAAAUGACCCGUCAGUAGCGCGGAACACAUUCAACAACGUCGAAUUUGGAAUUUCUAGUGCUGUGGGUUACCACACACAGUGUCUUUUCGCUUGCGCACACUACAUAAACAUCGGCUAAACGGUGGUCUACAAACUAAGCAGUAACAAUCAAUCGGUGAAAGGUGGAAACAGUAAAAGCUGGUCGCAGAGCAGACACAGAAGGAGCACGAGAGAAUACGAGCGAGAAGUUGGAUUGAGGAUUGACUGUGCGCAGAAUGGAGCAUAACUAUAGGCGCAAAAUGUUUUACAUUACUGGAAUUUGCUUAAUUACUCUUUUAACGUUAUCGAAUGUAUUCCUUCCUAAUUGCUUCGAGCAGUGGUCAGCAAUUUUUCGUUUCUGUACCCUUCAGUACCAUAUUUAACGUUUAGAUAACGGAAACAUCUUGUUUGCAAUUUAGUAAAAAUAAGUCCUUACAUGAGUCACAAUCCUAAUUGCUGGACCGUCCUACAGAUCAACAAAAAGCAUUAAGCGUACUUUCGUCAAUUUUACUUUGUCUUUUUUUUAAGGCGAAAUCAACCAGAAUAACAGUCGAGCAAAGAAACCGAUUUAAGCUAGUUACAUUUGAACCUCUCCAACAUAAAAAGUAUCCAAAAGUUUUACAAAAACAAACCCAAAUGAAAUAAAUGUAGAAAUAAACUUUUUUCAA